AUGGAAGAGACUCUUAGCAACGAAACAAUUGAAAGCAAUGACAAUGAUGAUCUGCUGGCAAAAGAGAAAAUAAAUCAAAGACGUGAAGCACGUAGACGUAAAAUUUUGGAGAAUGCCAAAAAUCGUUUGGAAAGGUUGAAUGGUCGGACCAGUGUUGCUGCUAGUGGUGGUGGUGGUCACAGUGACGAAGCGCCUCUCACCACUGAAAGGCGACAAAUUAAAAUUGAAUAUGAACAAAUGAAUGGUCCAACAACAAUGACAACAGCAGUAGAAUCUGCUGAAUUUUCCGAUCCUGAAGUAGAACCAGACAUUUUACCUCAACAAAUGAGACAAUUUAUGCGUGAUAGUGCCGGUGGUCCUCCUGGCAUUGGUACAUUACCCUUUAAUAGCUUUGAUGCCGGAACAUUUCUACAAGAUGAAACACCUACCAAUGAACUGAAUGACCUCUUGAAUAUGUUCCAAAAUGUACCGACUGUCAAGGAACGUCAUGUAUUGGUUAAGGCCCGUAUCCAUCUGAUAAUCUCCGCAUUAUUGUCGUCAAUGUUUGUAAUAAUAUGGCCAGAAAUCGGCUAUAGCAUUUUCAUCUUACCCGGUUUGUGUGUCAUUACCGAUUUACUAUUUUUCCGUGAACAAAAACCCCUACAUCCAAUUUUGAAUAUGAUUUUUAUGCUAUUCAGCAAUCAUUUACCGCCUCAGGCCCAAAAGUGCUUACACAUAUUUACAAUUGUCCAGAGUAUAAUUGUCGAUUUGGGUGUAUUUGUAUUUAGUUUCUGUACGCUAUGCUAUUUGAUAUCGUUAUGCACGAAUAAUCAGAUUACCGGUCUUAUGGUAAUUAAAUAAGGUUAU